AUGGCAGCAGCUAGUGACAAUCAUUAUGGGAUUGUGAUAGAUGCGGGUUCUUCCGGCUCUAGGAUUCAUAUUUUUGAAUGGCAAGAUCCCGCUGCUUUGAACAAUGCAAAAGUGACUGAAGAGCUAAAGCAGUCGGUACCCCAGAUCUUCCAGGAUAAAGACUGGACCUAUAAAGUGACCCCAGGGCUUUCCAAGUAUGAAGAGAAGCCACAAAAGGCUUUUUCCAAGCACAUAAAACCGCUACUCGAGUAUGCCAAGAACAUCAUUCCUGAGGACAAAGUCAAAGAAACCCCAGUCUUUGUCCAGGCUACCGCUGGGAUGAGGUUACUUCCUGCGAAGAAGAGAGAUAAGAUUCUCGAGGAUGUGUGCCACGGUAUAAAACAUUCGACCGAUUUUCUUCUCAGCAACUGUGAAUCACAGGUUCAAGUCAUCGAUGGCGAGACAGAGGGCUUGUACGGAUGGAUAGGCUUGAACUAUUUGUUAGGAAAUUUCAAUGAGUACGAUACUUCAAAAGAAGAGCAUUCAACAUUCGGUUUCAUGGACAUGGGCGGUGCCUCAACCCAAAUAGCUUUUUCUCCCAGCGACUCUAAUGAAAUAGCUAAGCAUAAAGAUGAUAUGGCCAAAAUUACUCUGAGAAGCAUCAAUGGAGAAUCACAGGAGUGGGAUGUAUUUGUUAGCACUUGGCUAGGAUUUGGAGCCAACGAGGCCAGAAGAAGGUAUCUUGUUCAACUGAUUAACGCUCUUCCGGAAAACUCAAAUAAAUACGAUGAUGAUGAUUACAAAACUCGCGAAAUCACGGAUCCAUGUCUGCCCAAGAAUUGCAAGACCGAGUUUGAGUACAAGGAUAAGGACUUUAAGUUCGUCGGGUCUGGUGACCAGGAACAAUGCCUAAAGUUGAUCUAUCCGCUGCUUUUAAAGAAUCUACCAUGUUCAGACGAGCCCUGCCUCUUCAACGGUGUACAUGCUCCUCAAAUAGAUUUUUUUAAGGACAAGUUUGUUGGCACGUCGGAAUAUUGGUACACUGCGAAUGACGUCUUCAAUCUUGGUGGGUCAUAUAACUUUGAAGAGUUUGGAAACCAUGUUAAGGAGUUUUGCGAUACGGAUUGGCAGGAAAUUAAAGCCAACAGCAAGCAAGGAAUGUACAACUCGAUACCAACUUCAUUUCUGGCAGAUUCUUGCUUCAAAGCGAAUUGGGUACUCAACGUGCUGCACGAAGGCUUUGGUCUACCGAGGGCUGGAGUUGACAAGAUCGAAGGCGAGGCAGGAAAUGGCGACCAUCCUUUAUUCCAAAGCGCAGUCACUAUUCAAGAUAGAGAACUUUCAUGGACGCUUGGGCGCAUCCUCUUAUAUGCCUCUGCCGGAGUCACAGCUACAAAUCCUAAAUCAAUUGUAGGUAUUGAGCCAAGCCCUAAUGAGGCAUCUAUGCUGGAUAAAAAGUUUAUUCCGGGAGCUAUUUUACCUGCUGAGAAUCCCACGCUUCCAACCUGGAGUGCUCUCAAAUGGAUUGUUCCACUAUGUCUGAUCAUGAUAUGCUUCCUGCUACUACGAAAUUUGUCGGUCAUCAAGAAAUGGAGAAGUGUUCUGGACAACUUCAAACAUAAAGCUUCGAGAUUCAAGUAUUUGAAUAUUCAAAAUGAUCCUCAAAGCCAACUAGAAGAAGGAUUCUACAAUAACGCAGCCGAGAAUUUUGGAGACAGCGACCGAGAAGGAUUUAAAUUCAGAAGUAAGAGUGCCUUCAGCUUGAACUUGAAUGAAGGCUCAGCUCAAGAAAGUCCCGGAUACCCAAUGCGAUUUGUGUCUGCAUCCGUCGCAAGCAGUCCGACUGUCCCAAAAAUGCCGUCUACACCCCCAUUGCAUCCAACUAAGGCUUUGAGACCUGCAUUCUCACUCUCAGACUUCUCCAAGUUCAAGGAUGCCAAGUUCAACGACUGA